UUUGUCAUCAACGAUUUUAAGUAUUUUAUUUUAUACGACAAUCGUAGCAAAAGUAGAGAGAAGAAAGAAGGAAGAAAAAAACUUUAAAUAAAAUUUGAUUUUUUAGCUACAAAAGAAGUAUAAAAUACAAAAUUUUGAUACAGAAAAAUUAAAAAGAAUAUAACUAAAGAAAUUUCUAUAUAUUAAGAAAUUUGGAAAAAAAAAUAAAACAGUAAUAAACGACGCGUUAAAGAAAAAAGAAACAACAAUGGCCAAGACGUACGAUUAUUUAUUUAAAUUAUUGCUAAUUGGUGAUUCUGGCGUAGGAAAAACUUGUAUAUUAUUUCGUUUUUCGGAGGAUGCCUUCAAUACAACAUUUAUUUCGACAAUAGGCAUAGACUUUAAAAUUAGAACAAUCGAAUUAGAUGGCAAAAAAAUUAAAUUACAAAUUUGGGAUACUGCUGGCCAGGAGCGUUUUAGAACUAUUACCACCGCAUAUUAUAGAGGCGCCAUGGGUAUUAUGUUAGUCUAUGAUAUAACUCAAGAGAAAUCAUUCGAGAAUAUUAAAAAUUGGAUACGUAACAUAGAGGAGAAUGCAUCGGCCGAUGUUGAAAUGUUAUUGGGCAAUAAAUGUGAAUUAAAUGAAAAAGACAGGUGA